AUGGAUGCAAAUAAGCCACCUCUACUAAGUAAUAUGACAACAAAUUCAUCCCCCGAACGCCUAGUAGAAUCAAAUGCUUCAAGUGAAGAAAAUGGAAACCUAAACAUCAACCCCAACAUGAAUUAUUACGAACAACAACCGAAUAUAAAUGUUUUAUUCGCCCAAAACGCCAACAGAAAUUUAUACGCCAACAAACGAAGCUCCAGCGAAUUCACAGACGAUUUUUACAACACCAAUAAAAGCUUCAUGUUUUGUACCAAAUACCAAAAAAACGAUCCUUACUAUAUGACAAAUACCGUCGAAGACCGCGGAAAAACCUUAAAUUUAUCCAACGACUUCUUCUCCAAGAAAUUAGUUAGUUUUAGUACGGAACAAAUUCAAUGCAUGUGCGAAGCUUUGCAGCAACGCGGAGAUUUGGAGAGACUUGCGACUUUUUUGUGGAGCUUGCCGCCUACGGAACUUCUUCGGGGGAACGAGAGCGUUUUGAGGGCCAGGGCUUCUGUGGCUUUCCACAGGGGCGUCUUUCAUGAAUUAUACUCUAUACUUGAGGCUCACACAUUUGAUUCAAGAUAUCACGCCGAAUUGCAAACAUUGUGGUUCAGGGCACAUUACAGGGAAGCGGAAAAAGUACGAGGAAGACCCUUAGGUGCUGUUGACAAAUAUCGAUUGCGUAAAAAAUAUCCUUUGCCAAAAACUAUUUGGGACGGCGAAGAAACUGUCUAUUGUUUCAAAGAAAAAAGUAGGAAUGCUUUGAAAGAUUGCUACGACCGUAACAGAUAUCCAACACCUGAUGAAAAGAAAGCUUUAGCCAAAAGAACUGGUUUGACUUUAACACAAGUUUCAAAUUGGUUUAAAAAUCGGAGACAGAGAGAUCGAACGCCACAACAUAGAUCGGACGUAAUGAUGCCGAGUAUAUCAUCAAUGGGCCCUCUACAAAUAAAUAAUUCUAUGGACAACAUGACGGCCGCCUCUUUGCAAAGACUUUUUCCUGCAAAUUCUGGAGUCGUCAACUAUGGUCCUUAUGGGGAAUAUGUGCAAAAUAGUCAAAUUUCAACAAUUAGCAAUUAA